AUGUUGAAGCAUUUCAGUUUUGUUUGGAGGAAUGUGGCAUACAGGACCUCACAAUCUGGUAAGCUUUACACUUGGUACAAUAAUCGGGUAGGGGAAGAAAGAGUAUACGCUAAGCUUGAUAGAGCUCUUGUUAAUGGGGAGUGGGUAGAUACAUUUCCCGACUCUUUGGUUUCUGUGCAAAUGGAAGGAAUAUCAGAUCAUACUCCUCUAGUAGUCCAAAUUGAAAACAAGAUUCAAAAGAAGGCAACACCAUUCAAGUUUUUUAAUAUGUGGAGCUUGAAAGAUCAGUUUAGAGUUAUAGUACAGAGGAGUUGGGAUCAACCAGUGGAGGGGACAAGAAUGUUUCAGAUUUGUGAAAAAUUGAAACGGCUCAAGUACCCUUUGAAGCAGCUGAACUCUGAAGUGUUUACAAAUAUAGUGGAAAGGGCUCCAAAGGAUGAGAUAAACCUGAAACUGUUACAGGAACAAGUCAGUGGGGAUCCAAACAAUGUGCAAAUACCAUUGCAGGAGAGAGAGAGGCUUAUAAACAAUAUAUAG